AUGGCUCCCAAAAAACAGAGAGAUGCCGCCCGCAAAGAGAAAAUAGCUGCUAAAAAGAAGGAGGCUAAGGAAGCUUCCGCUCCCAUUGAGAGAGAUGAAAAAACGAAACCAUCUCGGGAUCACUGGUUGGUUCCGAUGAGCUAUAAAGACAUUCCAGCUGUAGAGAGUUUGGGAAUUCCGUCGGCCGGAGGGCUUCAGCCAGCGCACAAUAUUAUCGAAUUGUUGGUAAAGGAACGAGGCGCCAUGAUCAUUCUUGAAAACAACACCAGCGAUCUUUACAAUAAGAAGCUUCAAGAAGCAUUGGACGAAGCACAAACACAAGCUACGUCGGGAAUAUCUAGGCAGUUUCGCAAGGCUUCGAUUCACGUGCAUCCAGAUCGACAUGGUGACUUGUACUGGAAAGAAUUUGAUCGGCUGAAGAGCGCCUACCAGAUUAUGAAAGAUGUUGAAGUCAGAAAAGACUAUUUGGACCACAUGCUCCAUCAAGUGCUGAUCCAUCAAACAGAUCCACGCGCACGGACCAUCCAUAACUUCUUUCAGGCUAUGCAUGACCAGUGGCAUGAAAAAUACAAGAAGAGUCAAGAACAAGAUACUGCCCAUGCUCGAUAUCAACAGCAGCAGCAACAGCAGUCAAGAAACUACAAUGACCUUCGCAAUGUUGGUCAACAACAUUAUUUCAUUGAUACUUCUGAGCGUACAAGGCAACCGGGUCAUUCUUCUAUUUGUAAGAGCAGUGCUGUGAACCGAACAAUUGUUCUAGGCUUGCAUAUUCGAAAUUCCGAGGAGCUCUUGUUCUCUUUGCACGAAGUUGUCAUUGAAGCCUGGCCUGUCGAAGACGAAGAAGAUAGGAACGAAGUGAAAAGGUUGAAUCGGGAAGAUCUCAAAUCAAUCCUUCACGAAAAAGAAGAAGAUGAGGGGAGUCAUCGAUUCUUUCGAGUCCCACUCGAGUUUGAUGAACAUUGUAAAUGGUGCAUUCAAUGGACUGUCAUCUUGCACAUUCCAGAGUUGCCUGAACCUUAUGUCUCUACUGCGAGCACCCGUCGCUUGGCUUUUGAUUUGCGCCAUCCCGCCUGGAAGCGCUCCAUACACGAAUAUCCUAUCUUGCUCAACUUUGCUAAAAUCGAUGCCACAGCUCUUUCCAAGUUUUGUCAGAAGCUUGCGGCUCAAGAGAAAAUGAAACCAGAAGCACUUGAGACAGAGAGCUGGAAAUUGCAUCGCCUCCUUUCCAAGGGACGUUCCACAGGCCGACGAUUGCACACGUGUCUGGAAAUUUUGGAAUAUUCCAUUGAUCGCUGCGAACCGUUGGUAUUGCUGUUGAAAGCUUGCGACGAGGGAGUCCACGCCAAGUCUAUACUCGAUCAGCAUGUCUUUGCUGGGCAGAAAAAGAAUGCUCUGAAGAGCUUCAAACAGUCUGUGGCGACUAUGAUUGAAAGUGGAGAACUUUCCGACUGGCUCGAUAAAGUCCAAAUGGACCAGCUAAAAAAUCAUGGAGGGGAAGCAAAUCGGCUCUUUCAAUUGUUGGUGGAAGGCAAAAAGGCCAAUUCACUAUUGGUGGAUUCCACAGCCUUGCGCAAGGCGGCAGAUCGUCUUGACUUGUUCUCGGAAAAGCAGUGCCAGACACUUUUGGAGCGAGCUGUUCAAACCGACGAACAAAUGGCUAUUGAAACAGAUCGGCUCGUCAAGGAAGAGCAUGCCAAGAAAAAGGAAGAAACCCAGCGUGCGAGACUAGAAGCCAGGGCGAAAGGAAUGCCACUAAGGGGAUCGGAGGUGGAACUAUUUGGCCUACAGAAACGUGCUGACUUGAAUGGGAGUGUGGGCUUGUACAUGGGGAUUGCUACCACUACAGAAGAUCGAUAUAUUGUCAAGCUGUUUGAUGGAUCUGAAGUCUCUAUAAAGAAGACAAAUUUCAGUCUUUACGAAAGGAGAAACAAAGUCGGCAUCGAGUCGAUGACGACUGCUACUUCGAAUACGUCAUCAACGGCUGGGCCUUCCGGCUCCUCUAGCACCGCUUCGCCAACCAGGAAAAACAAGACCACGAAGGGAGCCGUGCUCCCGAAGGCGCCCAAACCCGCACGUGCAGGCAAGACAUCUUCCAAUUCUGUGGCUCUGAAGGAAGAGGCAAGCACAUCCAGUCCAAAUGCCAUUUCACCGCCCCAUCGCAAGCACGCUACAUGGAUCCCGAAGGAUCGGUUCUCAGCAUUCAUUGGACCUCGGGGCACCAAUGUCAGAAGACUAAGUUUACAGACCAAGGUAAAUUAUAUCAAAGUGAUGAAAGAGGAGGUCUAUAUGACUAGCGAUGGUCGCAAGUGGCUUUUUGUCAAAAUUGGAGGCAAAAUUCAAAACACUUUGAAUGCCGUCAAGGCAAUUAACAGAUGGGUCGAAGAAAGUGAAUCCGAAAAUACAGCACAAUCAAUUCCGGAUGAAGCGAGAAAGGGCAGCAUUACUACUCCUUCGAAUAUUAAGGAUGACGCGCCAUCCCAGGCUUCUGCUAAAAAGAAUGGUACCCAAGUGAAGUCCUCCAAGAAGCCGAAACAAAAUGAUAUAAAAGGAGCCAAAUCCCCUCCUCGCAAUGCCACUCCCAGUCCAACAUCAACAAUGGAGCCUAUGGAUGAAAUGACGAGAUAUUACUCAACUACAGAGGGCAACAAUGAUCCUACCACUCAAAAUAUCAAAUCUUCGGCCGGGGUCCGUCCCAUUGGUCCUCCGUCAACGACUAAAAUUCCGCAUGCUGUAAGCCCUGUAUUGGCCCCUUCUGCAUUAGAAGUUGGUCAAAAAUCUACUUUCCCAGGAAUGCUGGAAUUUCUCACCGAAAACGUUGGGUGUUUCAAAUCAUCCUCCAAGGCCUUUUUCGAUUACUUGGUAUCGAUGGAUAUCAAAAGCAUGCGAGACUUAGCAGAAGCAACCGCGGACAACGAUUUGAUGGCCGAUUUCAUUGAGAAUGGUCUCAAGAAAUUCAAAAAAGGCUCGUUCAAAAAGGCCGUUGUGGCAAUCGAGCCCUUGAAAGAAUCAAUUUCGCCCAUGAUGAUGGCAGCAAGUAUCCCUGGACUGAAGGAAUUUUUAUCCCAGCACGCUGGUUCUUUCAAAACAUCGCCCAAGGCCUUCUCUGAUUAUUUGACGUCGAUGGAUAUCGAAGGAAUGCGAGACUUGGCGGAAGCGGUCGAAGACGAUGAUGUGAUAGCUGACUUCAUUGAGAAUGGUCUGAAAAAGUUCAAGAAAGGCUCCUUCAAGAAAGCUGUCCUGGCUAUCGAGACCUUGAAAGCCUCCAUGAUUCCGAAUCCCAACCAUCCGCCUGUAUACGAUGCAGCGACUCCAGAUGGGUUGACUUGUCCUAUCUCCUUUCAGCUCAUGAUCAAUGACCCUGUGCUAGCUGCGGAUGGAAUGACAUAUGAAAGAGCGGUGAUCGAACAGUGGUUUGAACGUAAUCAAGGAUCCGGAUGUAUUCUGUCACCCAUGACCGGUGAACCGUUACCGAACCUUCAUUUACAACCAAAUAUCGCUGUCAAAACGAUGGCACGAGAACAUGAAAGAAGCGCCCAGGCUUGA